UCCGCGGAAGAACCAAUCGAGGUGCUGCUGCCUGUAGUGGCCGGAAGCAGCGGCAGUUCUGGGGCGGUUGUCGAGUGUGGGGGCUGAGUGGUUCAGUUGUUGCUGUGACUGCCGCUGCCCCCGCUGCUGCUGGUGACGGCUCUUUUUCUUCAUUCUUUCCAGUCUUUGGCAAGUUAAAGAUGGCAGAAGUGAUUGAACAGGAAACUCAACUGUGUGACAACUGCAAAAGAGAAAUCCCCACGCCUAACUUUACCAUCCAUGAAAUUCACUGUCGACGAAACAUUGGGAUGUGCCACAUCUGUAAGGAGCCAGUUCCCAAAUCUGAGAUGAAGACCCACAUGGAGUCAGAGCAUAGCCAGGUGACCUGUAAGUGUAACAUGAAGAUGGAAAGACGGCAGUUAACAAAUCACGAGGCCCUGGAAUGCCCCUUGAGGCUUGCUGUCUGCCAGCACUGUGAGUUGGAACUCGCAUUCCUCAAACUGAAGGACCAUGAAGAUUACUGUGGAGCCCGCACUGAGCUAUGUGGCAAGUGUGGCAGAAAUGUCAUGGUGAAAGACCUCCAGGCUCACCCUGAAGUGUGUGGGAGGGAAGGGGAGGAAAAGAGAGAGUCAAGAUCAAGGCCUUCCCAUGGUUACGAGAGUGAGGAAGAGGAGGAAGAGGAAGAGGAGGAAGAUGGAGCAUGGUUCAUAGCACAGACCGUGCAGAACCUACUGGGGCCUGAAAACCCCACAAGACCUCUGCGGAGGCUCUCGAGGUCCCUGGAAAAUCCCUUUUAUAGCCAUCUAAUAGUAGAUCAGAUGGCAAGAAAUCCAAACCGAGGAGCUGGAUCGGCUAUGCAGCUAGACCAGAAUCGAGGGGAGGAACAGGAGAGGCAAAAAGGGAAUAAAAGCAAGCGGUCCCCUACAGUGUCUGGUGAAGAAGACGCCCAUUUAGACUACAUGCUGGCUCUGAGUCUGCAGAGUGAGAGCAGUGUCCCCAGCGGUGCCACCACCCACCUUGAGGACUUCUGGAGAGCUGUGUGUGCUGAAGACCUCGGUCCCACUGGGAGUUUGGGCCAGGCCCAGGAUGCCAACCUGCCCUAUGCUGAGCCUUUCCUAGCCACUGAAGGGCCAAACGAGUUGAAGAAUAAUGAGACCAUGCUGCCUUGUGAGUUCUGUGAGGAACUCUAUCCGGAGGAAGACCUGAUUCUGCAUCAGACGGGCUGUAACCCUGCCAGUGCCCUGGCUUCAUUCGGUAAGAGAAGCUCUCCUCCAAGCCUGUCCCAGGAUCGAGGGGACCGGGAGAACCACGAGGAUCAGUUUCAAAGAUUCCUGGACCUGCCAGCCUCUCGGGCCAUCAGCAGCAGGUUCCGAUCCCCAUUGGAUCUGUCUGCCGCGCCCUCCGGGGAGAGCAGCAUCAUCAUCCCCUGUGAAUUCUGUGGUGUUCAGUUAGAAGAGGACGUCCUUUUCCACCAUCAGGACCAGUGUGACCUGCGCCCAGGCACCGGAGUGCCAGUACAGUGGCUGCUUCCUGCCUAUGAGUCCCUUCCUAAACAAGGCAGUUCACAGCCAGAGACGUCACCGGAGCUGCCCCGGCGGAGGGUCAGGCACCAAGGAGAUUUAUCCUCGUGCUACAUGGACGACAUACGGCAGGAAGCGGCCAGCAAGCCCGCCUACCCCCUGCCCCCCAGCAGGCCCGUGAGCAGCCUAGGGCUUGCCCGAAACAGACUGCCGAAAGCCGCGACGGACUCUCGGCCCGCGGUACUGCCAAGCCCUCCCCGGGCACUGAAGGCCAACAACUUGGAGAGCCUGGAUUUGAUAAGAGGGCAGAGCCGCAGCGGCCACAGCCCAGCCGCAGGGCCCAUCUCUGUCGUUCGGCCUACUCGAAGCUUCUACCCUGAGAGUUACGUGCCCAGCUUCCCCCGGGUGCCGCCGGUGAGGCACGGGCUGAGCGUGAGGAACGAAGGGGGAAGGAACCCGCGCAUGACCUCCACUGCUGCCAACUUCCGGAACAGGACCUCAAAGACAAAAUCUCCUAAACCCGCGGCCGGGGAUGCCGAGGAAGAGGAGGAAUAGCCUCAGCGGGAGGCAUCAGCUUGGUUUGACCCAUUUCUAUGCACAGCAGCGCCUGCCCUGGUGCAAGAUCCUGGCUCUCGCCUUGUUCCAGCAGAGACCCUCCCAUGGAUUUUAAUUUUUCUAGGCAGCGAUCGAUCAUUUUCUAACUUUUUACAUUGUGACGUGGGCAGGGCGGGGAGGAUCAUUUGGGGGCGGCGGCUGGUGCUUCGAGGAGACCUUCCCCCCCUCCCCCCAAGCCUUGUCUCCCUGGCGGUGCUGCUGAGGCUCCAGGCCGUCCUCUCCCGCCUUCUGUGCUGUCCUCCUGACGCCCGAAGGGAGCUCGGCGUGUUUUGGGGGCUUCAGUAACUGGCCAGCUUGAACGCCACGUCCUGGGCAAGAGUCUUCCCUUGGGUUGGGGAAUCCCAGGGAGGGCAGUUGGCAGAUUUUGGCCCAAAGUGGCAACAGCAGCCCCACUGAUGUUUGCUUAGAGAAAGGCCUGGAGGGUGGCUUUAAGCGGCCUGCAUGGCAGCAGGUUUCCUGGGCCUUAAAAGAGUAAGUAGGGGUCUGGGGGAGUUGGGGGGCAGCAGUUUAGGAAUCUUGGCAUUGUUUCCCUGUUAGGGCGUCUCCCUGGGCGCUGUGGGGGGCAGACCGUCCCUCCAGCAGGGUGGUUCUCCUCCCUCCCACAGUUCUGCAGUUGGCUCUGAAUAAAGUUUCAGAGUUCCUCGUUGGGGUUUUUUAAUUUUAUUUUUAAAGUUCCCUGUAAUGGAAAUAAAAUUUGUACUUGGAGUACA